UCAUCCGUCUAAAACCCGACAUUUGGACGAGAAAAGCGCUUAAAACAUAAAUGGAAAUGGGUGAACCGUCAGAAAUCGACCACCACCACCUCGACUCUGCCACCGCCACCGCCACCGCCACAACCCACCACCUCAACGUCCCGGCCGGAUUAUCUCAGCACGAGUUUGACGACCUGAAGCAUCUCGUCUUCCAAUUUCACACCUACGAACUCCGCCCAGGCCAAUGCUCCUCUCUCCUCUCUCAACUCAUCCGAGCGCCGCGCGAUGUCGUUUGGUCCGUCGUCCGCCGCUUCGAUAAGCCUCAGAUUUACAAGCACUUCAUUAAGAGCUGUUCCGUCGCCGAAGACUUCAUAAUGACCGUAGGAUGCACCAGAGAUGUCUAUGUAAUCUCCGGCCUCCCGGCGGCGACAAGUACAGAGCGACUCGAUAUACUCGACGACGAUCAGUAUGUGAUAGGUUUUAGUAUCACCGGCGGCGACCAUCGAUUGAGGAACUACCGGUCAGUAACGACGGUGCACGAGAUGGAGCGCGAUGGUCAGAUCUGGACUGUCGUUUUGGAAUCGUACAUCGUAGAUGUGCCGGAAGGGAAUACGGAAGAGGAUACGCGUCUAUUUGCAGAUACGGUUGUGAAAUUGAAUCUGCAGAAGCUUACAUCCGUCACGGAAGGAAUGGCUCGUGCUGCUGCUGCUACUGCUGCUGCUACUGCUGCUACUGCUGCAGACUGUGAGUAUGGAUUUCUUGAACGAAGAACAACGAAAUAGCCUCUACUUCCAACAAGAAAACGAACUGAUAUUGAUAUUUAUCAAGUAUUCUUUAAUUUCCUUACUCAUUCUUCCUUGAUUUUGUUCUUAAUUUGUUCUCACUCGUUUCUUCUCGUUGUGUUGGGGGAAUUUGGUGUGCGACUGUGAGUAUGGAUUUCUUGAAUGAAGAACAACAAAAUAGCCUCAACUGAUAUUGAUAUUGAUCAAGUAUCCUUUAAUUUCGUUACUCAUAUUUGCUUUCAUUCCGUGUGCUUCAAUUCAAAAUUUGAAUGAUUAUGAUAGGAAUCAAGUAUAACAGUGACAUUUCAGGCCAUAUAUGCAAAAUCUGAAUGGCGGUUGUGCUUCUGGACAUACAUGUAUGUACUCUGUACCAUUGAUCUCUCCGUAAUUUACUCUGUUUUUCCUGUGUUUGGGGCUGAAAUUGGAAAGUAUGUUAUGAGUUUUCU